GAUACAAAAUUGUUAAAAUUGUCCAACCAACCCCUCAUCUCGACCAAGCUGUAGAAAGGAAGCUGUAGUAGUUGGUUCAAAACAUAUCAAGCAUUUUCCUUACAGCUUCAUAUUUCUAUAAAGUCGAGAAAGUAAUCUAGUUGUGAGCUCUUGUUCUUUUGUAAAAUACUACAAUCCCUUACCCUUCUGGUACCAAGAAAAAAUCUCAGCAUUUCGAUCAAGAAACAAUAAAUUUACCAUAGUCACCAGUAUGACCCUCAACAUGAAGGGCAGUUCACCCCAGUCGAUCAACAGAGCAUAUCUAACUAUGAAGUCCCUAUCUUCCCGCAGUGUUGUUUUGCAGAGAGCUUCAAUUCAACGCCCGAUCAUUGCUCACACACCCUUUAGCACACCUACUAGCAAGGGUAGAAAUUUCAGACAAAUCCACUCACGAAACUAUUGCAGCCCCAGUUUCAUUGAUCCUAAGCCAGAAGAGACAGCUUCACAAACUGGCGGAUUAUCCACAGGCGAUGACAACUCUAACAUCACCACUCGCAGCUAUGAUUAUUACCAAAGAUACGGCAUUUAUGGUUUCCACCCCAUUGAACGCUCUCCCCCACCACUAUCCAUGGAACCCACCAAGAAAAACCCCCAGGCCAAGAAGACUGAUCAUGAACACACUUGUCCCAUCAACUCAUACAAUCAUGCUUACUACCAAGAAUUCAGCAUCGCUGGCUUCCUUCCCAUGAACAGCAGCCCAACAGAUUCUAAACCUACCAAGGAGCAUUCUACCACAGGACCCCAAGAAGAACAUGUCUGUUCUAUAAAAACAUGCAAUCAUGACUACUAUAGAGCAUUCAGCAUCUCGGGCUUCUACCCUGCCCCAAGUAGUACACUGACAAAAUCUGAGCCAAAUAAGGCCACCAGCAUCUCACCGAAGAUCAAUAUGGACAAAGCUCUUGCUCUUGCUGCGGCUUUCACCCCAUGUAAGUCUCAUCGAAAGACAUGCGAUAACAUGGAGCAUUUGAGCUCGAAGCAUGAUGUCAACACAUGCGCUCAAACAAUUGAGGAGCUUAAUUUCGAGGCGCUUGGUAUUACUGGAUUCCAGGGGGGCCGAGAUGAUGUGGAGGGAGAAAAGUGUAUGGAAGACGAUAGAAACGACGAUGAGGUUGUUGAUGAAGCUGUUGAGUUUCGAGAAGGAGGUCCUGGUCCUGUUCGUGCUGGCCUUUCUGCAGUUUGGCUUCUCCUAUGCCAGGUUUAAUUUUAAGGUUCUGUGAUAGAAGAUGAUCGGAGGGGCAUAGAUGGAGUAAAGCAGUGAUCAUUGACAACCAUUCAGCAAGCAGAACCUAUGCAAUUAGCUUUGUUGUAUCUGGCAUUUCUGCAGUAUGAUAAACACUGAAUGGCAGAAAGGUUGGGAAUAGCGGCAUGGGUGCUAAUGUGCUACGGAACGUUUGUCA